AUUGGCUAGUUCUUCCACACUUCAGGAUCCUACUUUGCACUGAGUGCCUGCUCAGGCAACAGGAACUCAGCGAGAUACAAUACAUAAUAAGACUCCUGUUUAUUUCUGAGUUAAUUCAGAAUCUUAAUGAGUCAGAAGUCUCUAACAAGUCCUUCAGCAGCUCCCUGUUUUUAUCAUCUCAGCCUUGUUAUACAGGUCCUCAAUCUGUUCUUGUACCUUUAAGUAUUGUAAUUGUUGCCUAGACAGGUGAUAGCUGGAAGGCAAAAAAAAAAGAAAGGAACUACCCAUUUCUGGUAACAGAAAAGUGAAACUCAUUUUACUUCAUGUCCACAGAAAACAUCAUGGCUGCUGCAAAUCCAGCAAAAACCCUUCUGGAGGAAGCUACUUGUUCCAUCUGUCUGGAUUUCUUUCAGGAACCUGUGAUGAUCAUAGAAUGUGGACACAAUUUCUGCCGAAACUGCAUCAUCAGAUAUUGUAAAGAAUCCGAUUGCAGGGCCUGCUGCCCGGAAUGCAGAUGCUUGUUUUCCUGGACAAAUCUAAAAUCAAACAGACAACUGGGUAAUAUUGUAGAAACAGCUAAAGAACUCAGUUUGCAGCUGAAGAACAGCUGGAAAAGCGAGAGAAUAUGCAAGGAACACCAGACGCCCCUGACUCUCUUCUGCAAAACUGACAGGACCCUCAUUUGCGAUGUCUGUGAUGGAUUCGAAGCACAUCAGGGACAUGCAGUUGUUCACAAAGAAGCUGCUACUGCAGAUUACAAGGAGACACUGCUGAAGCAUCUUAAAAAUCUGAAGGAAGAAAGAAACAAAUUUCAGACAGCUAGAUCAAAUGGAGAAAAGCCAAGCCAGGAGUUAUUGCAAGAGACACAAGCCAAGAGACAAGAGAUUGUGUCUGAAUUCCAAAAACGGCGGCAGGUUUUGGAACAACAAGAGCAACUCCAGCUGUCCCAGCUGAGAGAGCUUGAAAAGGAGAUUGAGAGGAAAAGAGAUGACUAUGCCGACAAGUGUGUGUACGAAAUAUCUUGUAUCAACGCUCUGAUUGGUGACGUGGAAAGGAAGAAUAAGCAGCCAGCAAAUGAAUUCCUGCAGGAUAUUGGAAGCAUGUUGGACAGAUGUAAGAAGGGGAAAUUCUGUUAUCCAGUUGUACCGGAUACUUCAGCUAUGAAGGGAAGGCUUAAUCAGCUCCCUCAAGAGAGCACAUCUCUGCAAAGUUCUUUGAAGAAUUUCCAAGCGAACACGUCAAAAUCGAAAUGGAUCAAAGAAAAUGUGUUGCUGGAUCCAGAAACAGCCCAUCCCCGAUAUGUUGUGUCUGAAGAUCAGAAGACUGUAAGAUGGGGGAGUUUCCGACAGCAGUUUCCCUACGACCCAAAGAGAUUUGAAUGUAUUCGCUGUGUUCUUGGCUCUGAGGGGUUCACUUCAGGAAAACAUUAUUGGACUGUGGAUGUUGGAGAUGGAGAUUAUUGGGCUGUUGGAGUGGCCAGAGAAAAUGUGGAGCGGGAGGAGGAAAUUCCUCUUGAACCUGAUGAGGGAAUCUGGGCAAUUGGGCUUUAUGACAAUCAGUACAAAGCUCUGACCUCACCUCCUACUGUGCUAGAGGUAGAGGAUGAGCCAACAGAGAUCCAGGUAUCUUUGAAUUAUGAAGCAGGGACAGUUAAUUUUUAUGAUGCUGAAGAUAAGACCCGUCUGUUCACUUUUCAGUCAGUUGAUUUUGAAGGGGAGGAAGUUUUCCCUUUUUUCCGGAUUGUGAAUUCAUCAACUGUCCUGACAUUGUCCUAUUAAAAGAUGGGGUAGUGCUCUGCCAUGGUUGAAAGUGGCAGAUGCUGUAAUGCAAGGGACCAAGCUGAAUGUAAAAACUGAUUUGGGUGUGUUCUUUAUAGUCUACUUUGUUCUGAAGAAAAAAAUGUGACAAUUACAACCACCUAGAUUUAGAAGGUGACUUACAACCUGCAGCUAUAGCCAGGACUAGACACAAAACCUUGAAAUCCAGGAUGGGAUUAUCAGAUGCUGUCAGAAACGCAAAAUGGCCUUCCUUCUGGAAAGUCCUUAGGAAGGGAUAUUUGGCUAGCAACGCAGCCUGCCAUGAGGAACAGCAGGUCCCUGCAUGUGGAAGCGGAGAUCUUAUUCCUUUGCAACUCCUCUCUAAACCCCCACAUGCAUACACAGAAAUGGGCCCAUGUCUAAGUCUCUUGAACAGGCAGAUAACAAGCAAUCAAGGCAAAUCCCCAGGAUGAGACAAUCACAGCCCAUAAGCCUGGAUUUACUUAGGGCAACAGACAAACACAGAGGGACAAGAUAUUUCUCCAAACUAGCUUAUUGCCAUGGAAGAAGAGCCAACCCCAUAAGAUGCUUGUGCAUCACUCUGACCAAGCACAAGCCCUUCUUCUGUCCAUGGUGCAAGUGGUAUCUGCAAGAAGGCUGUCUAGGGAUCUCAGAAACUGUGUGUUCUACUGUUUACAUGUUGUGACAGGGCUUUGUUCUUGCUAGCUACUGACCGUAGCUUUUAGAUAAGCUGUCAGUCCCUUCUGCCUGCCUCUGAUGGAAAUGUUAGAAAGACUAAGGGUUGUUUUUGCUUUCUAACAAUGCCGGUCCUCAAAUGUUUAUGCUAGAAUAAAAAUGCAUCAGUCCUCAAUGUACUGUGAAACUCCUAAUGGUUCUUGCUACAACAAGCACAAUAGCCACUCCUGGAUGGAUUAGUUGUCAUUGAAUUAAUAUUAGGAUUUUUAUUUCACCUUUGGGGUGCAAGAACUGACCUGAGUCACAUGUUAUAUACCACAUUCCUAGCUGAUGAUGUGAAGUCUGUGAACAGAACUUGCUGUGAGUAUUGACUGUUGCAAACAAUGAUCAGCACUACAGUGGUUUAAAAGAUCUUUCAAGAAAAUUUUUCCUCACAGGAUGUUUUCCCUCUCACCUCUCUUGGAGUUCUAGAGGUUCCAUAUUUCAUAUGUCAACUGACUCUAUCAAGGAAAUUGUAGAAGCCAUUAUUUUGAAGGAGAACCAUAGACAUGCAGAUGGCUCGAUGGUCUUUCAGAAGCUUUGGAAUUUGAACUCCAUGGCCAACAGCUAUUAAAAGCUUCUUUCCUGGGAGCAUAAUGGAAUGUUCUAAUUGCCAUGGGCCAAAAAAGUCAUGUAGUGACCCUUCUAAAUGAGCUAAUAGGUCAUGUGAAAAGACUCCCAGUGAUGACUGAAUUUUACAGACUAAACCUAAGUUAUCUGAGAGUCUGUGAGAGGGCUUUGAGGUAACUAUGCAAUUUGCAAACCAGUUUUGGUUUAUUUGAGGUGCUUAUUGUAGUUGAGCCCCCAGUAUGCUAAACUUGUGAAGUGUGCUUAUAAUGAGGGAUCAGGGCAAGAACACAUUUUCAUCCUCCACUUUAAAUUAGGAGCCUCCAUCUCUUAAAUGAAAUUUUAAAAUUGUCUCUUGCUAAACUGGUGAUAGAUAUAUUGUCAUACUCCAUUAAGAUGUCUUAUUUCUAUCGCUUGAAUGUUUAUAUUGUUUCAUUAUUCUAACUUUUGCUGGUAUUAAAUUUGUUAUACUAGCCUCAGUGUAUGAUAAGCUUCUACUUGUAAAGAAUCAUUCCGUGGCCAGUGUUCAUUCUUAUAUGGGUACUGGCAGUCUUAUUUUUAAAUUAUUAUCUAGUCUGGUUAUUAAAUGGCAGCAUUUAGGAAUAACUGGAUGUGAUAUUUGACCUGGAUCCUUGGAAGGGGGAGAGGAAUAUAUUAGAUUCUGAAAGUGCUUGAUCAACAUUUGUACUCAAAUGACUGCAUUUAUUGUAGCCUGCUGUAGCGAAAUCUUCUCAUAUCAUCAUUGUAUUAUUUGCUGGCAUAGUGACCUAUUGUAUUUUUUCUCCUUAUACCAAGUAAAAAAAUAAAAUAUACCUAUGAUGUGUUAA